GCUUGACGUCAUCAAAGAGCACCGGAAGUACGGCGGCCGCAGCUGAGCCACGUGUGGGGCCGAGAGCCGGCUUAGGCUGAGUCCCUGACACUUGACAAACGUUAACAUCAUGAGUUUCGUGGCAUACGAGGAGCUGAUCAAGGAAGGCGACACAGCCAUCCUGUCACUGGGCCAUGGCUCGAUGGUGGCAGUGCGUGUACAGCGUGGAGCACAGACUCAGACCCGGCACGGUGUCCUGCGGCACUCAGUGGACCUCAUUGGCCGCCCAUUUGGCUCCAAGGUGAUUUGCAGCCGAGGCGGCUGGGUGUAUGUGCUGCACCCAACUCCUGAGCUCUGGACAGUGAACCUGCCCCACCGCACACAGAUCCUCUACUCCACCGACAUCGCCUUACUCACCAUGAUGCUGGAGCUGCGGCCCGGCUCUGUGGUCUGUGAAUCAGGCACGGGCAGUGGUUCUGUAUCCCAUGCAAUCAUCCGCAGCAUCGCCCCCACUGGCCACCUACACACAGUAGAGUUCCACCAGCAGCGGGCAGACAAGGCCCGGGAGGAGUUCCAGGAGCAUCGGGUGAGCCAGUGGGUGACCGUGCACACCCAGGAUGUAUGCCGCAGUGGCUUCGGUGUGGUCCAUGUGGCUGACGCUGUCUUCUUGGAUAUCCCAUCACCCUGGGAAGCUGUGGGCCAUGCCUGGGAUGCCCUCAAGGUUGAAGGUGGGCGCUUCUGCUCCUUCUCUCCGUGCAUUGAGCAGGUGCAGCGCACAUGCCAGGCACUGGCAGCCCAUGGCUUCACAGAGCUCAGCACCCUGGAGGUCCUGCCACAGGUCUACAAUGUGCGCACUGUCAGUCUGCCCUUGCCUGACCUGGGGGCCAACGACUUAGAGGUCAACAUGGGCUCUGAUGCUAGCCCCUUCCGAAGUGGCACACCCAUGAAGGAGACUGUGGGCCACACUGGCUACCUGACUUUUGCCACCAAGACCCCAGGCUAGUGGGCCUCCAAAUGAGUGCCACAGGCAAGCAGGGAGGCCGGAGACUGCCUUAUAUGGUCAGCCACUGCUGUGGGACUUGUGUUUAGAAAGAGAGCCUCCUGGGGGGGGGUGAGGGCGGGAGUAGGCUGGCCCUGCUCAGUCGGAGGAAUUCCUGUCUCCAGAGAGGAGCCUCCUCACUGCCCAGCGCUGACUCUGCCCUGGCUUUCUGUUGUAAACAUGACGUUUCCUCUCCAUAGACUUGCCUGGGUUUUGAGACCAAAUGGUACAAGUUAAGGGCGGCCGAAGCUCUGGGCACUGCCUGAAGCCUGGUCUGACCUGCAGGAGCGUGGACUGUCCCGUCUUCCCUGGUGCAAGGCUCCAGCCCUGGUGGUCCAGAGCUUAGCCAGAAGCUGUGGUUGAGCUAGUUAAUCAGAAAGCCUGGCCCUACCCUCGUCUCCCUGUACUUCCCUGAGGCUGACUGAGGGACCAGCCUGGCCUUGGAUCAAACGAGGUGACUCCAUAAUCCUGUGCUGCACAGGCCGUGUGUGAGCACACCUGUGUGAGCACACCUGCGGUUAGACAUCAUCCCAUGGAGAUGAGUGCAGCAGGGUCGGUCCAUGCUUCCGGUGACCUGUCAGGCCCUUGUUGGAGCUGGGGUCAAAGGGGUCAUAAAGGAGGCCAUGCAUAGGCUAAGAGCCAUAGACCUGCUGCAUGUGUCACCGAGGGCCUGGUGUCCAUUGCCAUAUGUGGCUAGCUUCAAGGGAGUUCCAAUGCUCAGGUCGUAUUGGCAUGGGGCUGCCCUGUUGGUGAUGCGUGGACCAGCCAUUGGGAGACGUAGCCAUGUCAUACCUGAGGGUACCUAAAGGAGCAAUAAAUGUUUGCCCCACUGCA